AUGGGUGUCUACGUGUUGUUGGCCAACGUUUUACUUCUCAAUCUUCUCAUUGCCAUGUUCAGCUAUACUUUCACCAAAGUUCAGGACAACACAGACAAGCACUGGUGUUUUCAGCGUUAUUCCUUAAUCUACGAGUACUAUGAACGGCCCGUGCUGUGUCCACCGCUGAUUAUGUUAACCCAGUUAUACCUGCUUGUUCGGUAUAUUGUUACAUCGCUGUGUGGCUCGAGAUUAAAACACCAGGACUCAAGCAAUGACUUUAUUUCAGGACGAAAAUUAAAACAUGACCGCGAGCUGGUUCAAUGGGAAGAUGUAAUAGCUGACGCCUACCACCAGAAAAAAGAACAGAAAAAAAUCCAGAGUAUGGAAUUCAAAGUCAUGUCUUCAAAUGACAUGCUGAAGGCUCUUAUGAAUCGCAUAGAUGACCUUCAACAGCAGCAGCGCAAAUCCGAGCAGUUUUUGUGUGACAUCGAGUCAAGCGAUCAUGUGACACCAUUGUCGCCUACCAACGUCAAAGCCAAACUGUCACCAGAUCUCGACAGUCGACUGGCAAGUCUUGAACAACAGAUACAAUGGAUUGUAAAGACCCUGAAGUGGAGCAGCCUCGUUGACGGUCACCUUCCUGCCUCUCCGACUGAACAACGUGUAUGAACGGAAACGACUCGUGAUCGCAGAUAUGACUUAACGGACCGAAUAUGAAAAAAUAAAAGCUCGUCUGAUGUUU